AGUACAAUUGGAGUAAUCUAUUUCUUAAGUGUGAAGAAAGAAUUUGUACUAUAGUAUGUACUUUUAAAGUAGGUUAACGUUUUCCCAAUUAAUUGGCAUCGUAAGAUACACUGCACGCAAAAUCAACUGUAUGGGGCUUAAUUAUCUUGAACGGAAGAACCUGUUGAUAUGGCAUCAAACUCUUUUCAUGAGAACCUGUGAGCAAUUUCCUUCCUUAGUUGUUGAUUGUACGUGAUAGAAUGCACGUAUGUAUAAUGUACGAUGUAAGAGAUGGGUGACGAAGAGUACGCUAUGAAGUGAAGUGUUAGCAUUUUGUUAAGGAUUGUACAAUCAUGGACACCCAAAGUGUGAUGCUUAAUGAUUUGACUGGAGCAGGCACUAGACAGAAUCCAUCAACUUCUAGACAUGUUCAUUAUGAAUCUUCCCAACUUCAAAAUGAUUUAAUAUCAUCUAUGCCAUCACACAGCCUUGGUGCAAGUGCCUCGAGCACAUUAAGAAAGCCAAGAAGCACAAAACAUGUGACCACUGCUGAUCAUUUUGAGACAAUACCUAUACUACGGUAUGCAGACUCAGACUUGGAUAAUCAUGCAGGUCUUAUUGCUGGUGAAAUGGAAAAGGAUUCAGCUCUCAUGGAGGACAAUCCAGAAUCAGAACAAUUACGAAUUGACACCUUAAGGGAAAUGCCAGAGUCUCUGACAUUAAAAAGAGUAGUGAAGAAGAAGUUGCUGAAGAGAGUCAGUCAGAAGUCGAAGAAGAAACCUAUUGGCUGUUUCAAAAAAAUCAGUUACAAAUUCAGUAUGCUAACAAAGAAGCUCAACCUUGCUGCUAAAGAUGUUAUAUAUAGUGUGGAACUUUGGUACAGCAGCAUAAAAGUAAUUGAAGGACAUUUCGGUAGCAGUGUGGCCACAUACUUUAGAUUCUUCCGCUGGCUUUUCGUGCUCAAUGUUGUUAUUGCAUUAAUCAACCUCUUGUUUUUGGCAAUCCCACAAAGCCUGUACAGUGCAUAUGAUGAGGACGAUGACACUAUGAACAAUACAGCAAUGGAAAACAGGAGAUCUCUCUUAUUUUUCAAGAGAUUGAAAAUUGGGCAAAGUGAAAUCAACAGUGGUGAGAUGACAAUUUUCACUACACUGAGCUCAGGUUCUGAGUACUUCUCAUUUGCUGAUAUUUUUGUUGGUGAGGGUUCUUUCACCAAUAGCAUUUUGUAUUAUGGCCACUACACCAACACAUCAUUCUCAGUUUUCCCCAAUGUGGAAUACAGCAUGCCACUGGCGUACUUCUUCACUACCGCAUGUUGCUUUGGUUUGGCAUUUCUUGCACUAUCAUUGAGUGUUGCCAGAUCUUACAGAAAAGUCUUCAUUGAAACAUCAGGUGGGAUAAAAAAUGUAUAUGCUCACAAAAUAUUUUGCGGUUGGGACUACAGCAUUGCAACCACUGAAGCUGCUAAUCUGAAAUCAAAGAGUCUGUACAAUGAAAUAAAGGAACUUCUUGCUGAGGAUUACAAGGAGUUAAAGAAACACAACUGGAAAUCAUGGUUGAAAAUCAUUUUGGUACGUCUUGUGGUAAAUUUAUCAGCAGCUGCUAUUUUUAUUGGAACUGGAGCAGCCAUAUGGCUAGUGCUCGAUAAGAAACCUCUUGAUUGGAACUAUAUGUUGCCCCUGAUUAUUACAGUUAUCAUGGUGGUAGCACCAUGGCUCUUGUCCAUUCUCUUAAGGCUUGAAGAUUAUGAGAGUCCUCGAAUAGCACUUUAUGUUAACCUGGUAAGAGUUUUUCUUCUUGAAAUUGUUGCUAUCAUGGCUAUUGUGGUCUACUGGUUCCAUCCAUCCAGUUCUCAGUGCUGGGAGACAUCUUUAGGACAGGAGCUUUAUCGUCUCGUUAUUUUGGACUUUUUCAUUUCAACACUAGGCAGUUUCCUUAUAGAAUUUCUUCUUAAGAAAGUGGGCAGGAGUUCGUGUAUCAAAAUUGCUCCACCAGAGUUUGACAUUACACGAAACACCUUGAAUCUCAUAUACAAUGAGACUUUAGUUUUUGUAGGCUUUUUCUACAGCCCACUUCUUCCUCUUGUUGUAACAAUAAAAAUGUUUAUUACAUUCUACAUUAAGAAAAUUGGAACAUUAUAUAACUGUCAGCCUGCAAGUCGAUCAUGGAGAGCAUCACAAACGCAGACAGUAUUUCUUAUUUUGACAUUCCUUUCGUUGCUGGCUGCUGUAAUUGCAUAUGUCUACCUUAUUUCAUAUGUAAAUCUUUCAGAAGGAUGUGGUCCUUUCCAAAAAAAGAUGUCGGAUUUAAUAAUGGAUGAAAUGUUGACCCUGGAGGAAGGCCAUGUAAUAUGGAAAAUUUUAUUUUUUGUGACAAAGCCUGGUGUAGUUGGUAUUAUCCUGACAGGCAUGAUUUUCUUGGCAUUCUAUUUGCGUUCAAAAGCUGCAGCACAUGCUGAAAUGAUUGAGCUUCUAAAAGAUAUGUUGAUUAUAGAAGCAGAAGACAAAGAAUUUUUGCUUACAAAUAUUGCUAAAGUUACAGAGACACAAUACCCUGGAUGGUCAGAUGGCAGACCAAAACCUUCACCACGAAAAAUGAGGAAACGCCAGACAAACUGGGAUUCACCUUUAUCUGGUGAUCAUUCAGCUGCCCUCAAAGGAAUGAGAGCAAAGCAACCAUUCCAUCUUCGAGGGCAAGGGCACAAAAUGCGAAGAUAAGAAGAGCAGCCACUUGGCACAUGAUGUGCUGAAUUGUGUUUUACUACUACUGACUGAUGGUGUAUUCUACUUUAAAUCCAUCAUAAAAUAAUUGUUGUUUUAUUAUGUUGCUUUACAUUUUGCAAACAAGUUCUGUUUGUUUUCAUGAGGCAUUUUCUGAAGAUUAACAGUAUUAAAUAAUAAAUUUUUCAUUGUGUUACCUGUUGAACAUUAGUGUUGAAAUCUUUAUCGGAGUAGAACUGACUGUAAUAUUGUUUGUUAAAUCAUUUACUAUUGUUAACUGUUUCUUGCAUCUCUAAUUUGUUAUUUAUAUAUAGUAUAUCAUUAAGUCUGAUCGUACUUGCUUUAAUUUAUCAGAUGAGGACUAUAGAGGAUACAUUUUUUCUUCUGGUUUGUAAAUAAAAUGAAAGAUAAACUCAGAAAAUUUGUUUCCAGAACCUGGAUUUCUAGUAUGGGAAUAAAAUGUCGCUGUGCACCUGUCUGCACUGUAGCCAUACUUCUAACAGAUCCUGUCACUAUAGUACCCAUUACAGUGGUGGAGCUUUUUCAUAUGUCAGGUCCUCAUUAUUUGUUGGCAGAGGGAAUUAAAUACACACCAUAUUUGGUGUAGCUCCAUCCAUAAUAGUCAGAGGCAGCUAAAUCUGGUAUGCAGCAAGAGACUACCAAAAAUGUGGAUAUUGGAUAACAUUCCACUCAAAUAGAAAAUGAAAUGUUCAAAAUCCUUCUGUGCCUGUGGUACCAACGCAUUCCACUCAAAUAGAAAACGAAAUGUUCAAAAUCCUUCUGUGCCUGUGGUGGUAACGCACCGUGUUACAUACAUCUGGAAACUGUCUUCACAUGCACUUAGAUGGUGUACUAGUUGUCACAGAGUAUACUAAACAAAAAAUCAUAGUCAAGUUCAUUGGUUUAUUUAAUCAGUUUCAUCAUUGUUAAAAAUGCAUUUCAUAACCUUCCAAUCUAUUCUCACAGACUCAAAACUCAACAUAGUUCUUUUUAUAUCUUGUGUUUAGGCAUUGUAAUAAUUACACUCACUCUGUUACUUAUUGUAAACCAUUUCUUAGAAUUUGGUCUUCACAUUGUCAGUUAUAGUAGUUGAAGUUGAAAAGAUGAUUAUAUCAAUAGAUUUUUUUACUCCUUUGAGUUGUUCUGUGACUGAAUUAUGUUAUUAAUUAUUUAGAAAAAAUUUAUCCAUUUAUGAUUUGUGAUGGGUGAAGCCAAAAGUAUUUGCACAGUGGUAGUGUUCUUCUGUGUAUCAGAUUCAAGCUUUUUUUUUUUUCAUUGGAGAUUGAUAUCUUUAUUGGCAUACAAUGGCAGUGAAUGGUGAAACUAAAAACAUCAUUGACAAAUUUGAGUUUGUCUUUCAUCAAUACUGUGUUAUUUGAACUGCUCCUCCUCAUGUGAAGGUAUAUGUUUUGUCCUCUCUUCAGUGAUGAAUAAUUUGAAGUGUCAAAGAUCUAGUCUGGUUUUAAAUUGUUCUAAAUGUGAUUUUUUAUAGUUCCUUAUAAAUAUAUUGUUAACAUUCUUUAUUUUUUUCCACAACUAUUAACAAUACUAUUCACUUUUACACUAGAUUCCAAAGAGGAGAAAUAGUUUAAAUGUAAAUUUUUCUAGUAGAUAAAUCAAAUGUUUCAUGGCGUUUUAGUAUUUCAGUCAGAUAUGCAGCAGUUCUAGAAUCAGUAUUUCAGUUCUGUAGUUUUCAGUAAGGUAUCCCUUCAAUAAACACACUGUAUUUGUUAGAAAUCCCAAAACUUCACUGACUUUGAGAAAUAAUAUUUAAUAGUCCUGGUUUUUGUAGGUGAGAGGAACAUUCAACUAUCCAAUUAGUGUUGUAAUUUAAUUUUCUUAUACAUUUAAUACCUAAACUAAGGUCUUAUUGAAUUGUCAAACAGAAUCAACAGUAAGUAGAUGAUUUAUUGACAGCUAAACAUCAGCAUAUUAUUAUGGGACACACUGUCUUCACCUUAUCCUCAAGGAGGUUUGGGAUUACUUUGUUGUUGUUGUUGUUGUGUGUGUGCGUGUGCGUGCGUGUGUGUGUGUGUGUGUGUGUGUGUGUGUGUGUUUUUCCCCAAAUUCUGUGAAGAUAAGGAUGUAUUUUGAAAUUUGAAUGCACAGGAUUACCUAAGUAUUCUUUAUGUCUUCAGUAGACCAACUGUGGAGGGCUGUUGCUUCAGAUCAUACAAAUUUGAGAAUUGUGAUGAACUUGGACAAGUAAAAGAUAGAAAUACAGCAGAGUGAUAGUAAAAGUUUAAAAUGAAUCACUUAAAAUAUCAUUCUAUAAAGUUUUAUGGUCUAUUUGCAUUUGAUAGUUGAUCCAAGUUAUUGAGGGAAGCUGCAUACUCUCACUGCUUAGAAUUUGUAUAAUAAUUUCAGAUAGUUAUAUUAUGUGUGUGAAAUGUGCAUUAUUUGUUUCUACUUACCUGUAGGUAAGAGAAUAUUUAUCUUCUGCAGUUAUAUGUUUACUCUUCUUUGAUACGUGGACUAACAAAAUAAAGCUAUAGCAAAUGUCUAAUUCCAUAAGUUUUUAUUGUGACACAGGUUGCUAUGCUCUAUUUUCAUUUUAUUGGAUGAUGAUAUAAAAUAGAAAUAAGACCAAUAUAUGUCAUCAGUCUGUUCAACAGUUUGCACCAGAACAAAUAUUUCUGCUCAAACAGUUAAAUUUUAGUGAAUUACACCUGGUAUUAACACGUAACACUAAAAUUAUUGGAGAAAAUUGAACAUUUCAGUCAGAAUGAGUGAAAAAAGAUUUCCCUCAUAUUCACAUAAGGUAUGAAAUCUCACUUUAAAUCAUGUUUGUAAUAGUGUCUUACUAUGUCCAUAAAUUUGAUGUUUGAAAGCCAAUAAGAUGAAAUGUCUUCAAAAAUUUAUAGUCCAAUAUUAUUCAUAACAAAAUGCCAAAGCUCAAUUACAUUUGCUCAUUUUAAUUAGUGAUCCAUUAAACUCUAAGCAUCUGGCAACUUUAACUCAACACAAUCAAAAUGAAAACCUCAAUGGAACAAUGUUUUUACAGAAUAAGUAUAGAUUCAGAUAACAGUGCUUUUGUUUCAUUUACUUUAGUAAUUUGCAGUUAUAUUUCUUGACUUCAUUUAUGCAGUGUUGUGUGUUGGUUGCAUUUAUUUUGAAUAUAGUGACUUGUUAAUUUCUAAAUAUAUACCAAAGAUCAGUUAUGGACCAGUGUGUUACUAAUUUAAUAAAGGUUUCAUAUAAUAAACUGAGACAUGUGUCAUUGAUCAUCAAUGUGAAAAUAUGACACUGUUAUUUAUUAUAUUGAUGCAUAUUUGAAAUAAAAGAU